AUGAACAAGAAAUCAGCAAUGACGUAUUCUAGACAAGAGAAGGUUGUCACUCAACCGCAAUCCGCUAAAAUCUCAGUAACAACGACAACAAGCACACAAGAGAUACCAUUUCGGCGGAGAUUGCCUAAAGCUGCUAAACGCGUACAGGUUAAGGUAUUUGUUGAAGAAACCCUGAAAAAGGGAGUUAGAGGACUAGUGGCAGAAUUUAAAUCAAUGAAACGUGUGAAUGAUUUCACAAAAAUGACGGAAUUUCUAGCACAAACUCCCCAAGGUCGAAACAGAUAUAAGGAUGUUGGAUGCUUGGAUAACGAUAGAGUCGUACUCAGAAUUGGACCAGUUUCUUACAUACAUGCUAAUUAUGUAUCAACACCAAUGAGUUCAAAAAGGUUCAUCUGUACCCAGGUGGGAUUUUUGUUCGUUUAGUC